AUGGCCUCGGAGAGCAUCGAGCCCGCUUUCCAAAGGGCCAUCGCCUCAGGAGAGAUCAAAGGCGGCGUCAUCUGCGCGACCAACGCCUCCGGCGAGUUCACGUACAAUGCCACGCUCGGCGAGCGCACGCUCCUGUCAGGGGAAAAGCGCCCCCAUCAACUCGACGACAUGCUCUACCUCGCCUCGGCCACCAAGCUCCUCGCCACCAUCGCCGCGCUGCAGUGCGUCGAGGACGGCCUGCUCUCCCUCACCGGCGACCUAUCCCCGCACGCACCCGAGUUCUCUCGCCUGCCCGUCCUCACCGACGACGACGAGGGGGCUGAGCCCGUCCCCGCGCAGCGGCCCAUCACGCUCGCCAUGCUGCUCACGCACACGUCGGGACUGAGCUACGACUUCCUCGUUCCGCGGCUGGCGCAGUGGCGGCGCAAGAACGAGGCGCCCCUGGCCGAGGGCGCGCGCCGGCCCGUCGAGGAGGCCUUUGCCUACCCGCUGGCGUUCCAGCCGGGCACCGGGUGGAUGUAUGGGCCCGGGCUGGACUGGGCCGGGCGCGUGGUGGAGCGGGUGACGGGGGUCACGCUGGGGGAUUAUGUGCGGAGGCGGAUUGCGGCGCCGUUGGGGAUUGCGCCGGAUGAUGCCCAGUUUUAUCCUGUGAGGGGCGAUGGGGUGCGGGCGCGCCUGGUGGAUCUGAAUCCGGAGGAUCCGGAGGGAGUGGGCCGCGCGGUGUUGGGUGGUGGUGGGGAUAUGAAUAGGCGUAGUCAGGGGGAUUUUGGGGGGCAUGGCAUGUUUAUGACGGGGGAGGGUUAUGUCAAGGUGUUGCGGUCACUGUUGGCUAACGAUGGGAAGCUGCUCCGGCCGGAGACGGUGAAGAUGAUGUUUGAAAACCAUAUCGGCCCUGACGCAGCCGAGGGGCACCGUGCCGUGGUGCAUGGCCCUGCUGGGGUUUAUUUCCGGGUGGGAGUGGACGGAGACAAGAAACUGGGUCACGGUUUCGGCGGCCUACUCACGCUGGAGGAUCAGGAGGGCUGGUACGGCGAAAAGACCAUGUCUUGGGGCGGAGGUAUGUCCUUUGCCUGGUUUAUCGAUCGCAAGAAUGACCUCUGCGGACUUGGUGCCAUACAACCGUCGCUCCCUCUCGCAGGCGCCACGGUAGAGGGCUUGAAGCAGACGUUCCGCCAUGACAUUUACCGCAAGAAAGUAACUGCGCUGGUUCACGACUUUGAGUUGGCAGGGCCUCCCACAAAUCUGCGGGCCCGGCAUGACCACACUCUUUUAGCCUUUGUCAAGGCUCCGCGGAAGGUUCUGGGAAGUUACGUUUACAAUUCUCGACUCAAAGAUUGGCUGUAUGGAAUCGUCCAGACUCACCCCGGUGGAGCGAAAGAUGCUGUCGUCGACGGCGCAUUCGAAGCUGAGGAUGUCCUGUCUAUGUACCAUUUGGUGAACUGGCCCAAGUCAAAUGGCGGUGCCGGCAUCACUCCGGGCUGGGGCCAGUGGGAGAACGUCGAUAGCAUCUUUCCUCUGCACGACGAAGCCACCAACCUGUCCCUCUUGAAACACCUGAGCAGCCGGUUCUUCCUGACUGGCUUUGACCUCGACCAGAUCCGGAAUCUGUUCGGAACCAAGUAUUGGAAGAUUCAGCAGAUCGACCUCAGCAUCAGAUGGGAUGUCAAGGGUGUGGGUACUGUCAAGGUCAACCGGCCCCAGUUCCGAUGGGAGAGAGUCAUCGUGGACAGUACCGGUCGAAAGAGGCAUUACGUUUCGAAGCGGAAGCAGGUCUUGCGCCAGCUCCUACAGAUUCCAGUCAUGGCGGCAGCCACUCUGGUCUUGAGCAUCAUCAUACUCGGCGUGUUCGCUCUCGAGACAUUGGUCUCUGAAGGCUACAACGGGCCGUACAAGAACGUCAUUAUCAACAGCUACCUCGAGAACAUCGCUACCCUCAUUACGGAUUUUGAAAACCACCGGACCGCGGACAACUACGACAUGUCACGCACGCAAAAGUUUUUCUUUCUUCAGAUUAUCACGAACUACCUCCCUAUCUUCAUCACUGCCUUUCUCUAUGUUCCAUUCGGCGACCAGCUCAUUCCUCUUCUCGAGUCUCUCGCUAGAAAGUUUGGCGGUUCCUACGUGUCGAAGCACCUCGGCCACACUCAUCACAUUGACGGCGACAGGUUACGUACCGAGAUCAUUGCGUUGACGGUUUCUGGCCAACUCUCGUCAUUUUUCGAGGAGAACCUGUUGCCUAUUCUCAAGCGUAAAUUCUUUGAAUGGUACCGUAACUUCCGCACCACCAAGGCCGAAUCCUCCGACUUCUCCUCGAUCGCCAAUGAUGACCCGAACGAAAUGGAACUCCUCGACAGCGCGCGCAGGCAAGCAGCACUAGAGCCGUAUAACGUCCAAGACGACAUUGCCGAGAUCGCCCUCCAGUUCGGGACCUUGGCUCUUUUCUCUCCCGUGUGGCCCUUAAUCUCGAUCGGCUUUUUCCUCAACAACAUUAUCGAGCUUCGAACCGAUUUCUUCAAGUUGACGCAAGGACAUCAGCGUCCCGCCCCCAUCCGAACGGACGGCAUCGGCCCCUGGAUUGCCUCGCUUGACUUUCUUGCGUGGGCCGGAAGCAUCUCGACCGGCGCCAUCGUGCACCUGUACAGCCCUAACACCAUCGCCGGAGGGGCGUGGUGGGCUCUCCCCAUCACCGUCUUUAUCAGCGAGCAUAUAUUCCUCAUGUUACGCGCCAUGGUGCGCUUCCUUCUUGACCGCAUUGGCUCGGAGCAGAUCCGCAAGCAGCGGAAUGCGCAGUAUCUCUCGCGGGUCAAGCACUUGGAGGAGAUCGAGGCGAACCGACGUGCCAAUCUCAUGGUGACGCCUGCGGAAAGGGAACGCGGGAGAUCGAUCCGGGCCACGAGCAGUGAUGCCUUCUUUGCGAAGCAGGUGGAGGAGGGCGUACCUAGACCCGCCCCUUUCCUGCGCAUAUACAACGCCCUCAGCCUCGGCAACACCACCACAUCCCCCACACAAUACCUCAAUAUCCCCUCCCCCAACGGCCUUACAGCAAACAGAUCCCCCAAUAAUCCCCCCUCCCGCCCAAACCCGGGCCUUAACCUCCUGCUUCACGCCCAACCACUUCCUUCGCCCGCCCCUUCCACAUCCCCACCCCAACCACCACCACCACCCCCAUUAUCACCCUUCCCACGGAGGCCUGGCGGCUUUGCAUGGACUUAUGGACUGUCUGCGGGAUGCGAAGUCAGAGAGAUUUGGGCUGAACGGGCCUAG